CAGGUUGAUCCGGUCAUUGCGCCAUGGGCGGCUCAUCCCGUCAGGGGUAGCACCCCCCCGGCGCGAUCGACGGAUUAGUGUAUAAAGGCUUCGUCUCUCGCCGCCGACAAGCAGCGGGCUGCUGCUGGCCGUCAAGUCGCUCAUCAAGCCAACCUUGCGCCCGCUGUGAUCCACCAGCUCGAACACCACCGUCAGCACCAUGCGCUCCCAGGCUGUGUGGGCCGCGAUACUCGCGCCGGCCACCGUGUCGGCCACGCUCAACGACCUCGCCGUCCGGGCCGGGCUCAAGUACUUCGGCACCUGCCUCAGCGAGAGUUACAUCAACAGCGAUAGCCAGUAUGCGGCCCUCAUCAAUGACAAGACCGAGUUCGGCGGGCUCGUGCCUGAGAACGGCAUGAAGUGGGACGCCACCGAGCCCAGCCAGGGCCAGUUCAGCUUCAGCCAGGGCGACAUCACGGCGAACACGGCCAAGAAGAACGGCCAGGUCCUGCGCUGCCACACCCUGGUCUGGUACAGCCAGCUUCCAGGAUGGGUGACGUCGGGCUCCUGGACCAGGAGCACGCUGCAGUCGGUCAUGCAGACGCACAUCACGAACGUCAUGGGCCACUACAAGGGCCAGUGCUAUGCGUGGGACGUGGUGAACGAGGCCAUCGCCGACGACGGCACGUGGCGCACCAGCGUGUUCUACAACACCUUCUCGACCGACUACAUCCCGCUUGCCUUCAACAUCGCCAAGACGGCCGACCCCAACGCCAAGCUGUACUACAACGACUACAACCUCGAGUACAACGGCGCCAAGACGGACACGGCCGUGCAGCUCGUGCAGCUCGUGCAGUCGGCCGGCGCGCCCAUCGACGGCGUCGGCUUCCAGGGCCACCUGAUCGUCGGCAGCACGCCCGGCCGCAGCAGCCUGGCGACCGCGCUCAAGCGCUUCACCGCCCUCGGCCUGGAGGUGGCCUACACGGAGCUCGACAUCCGGCACUCCAGCCUGCCGCCGUCCACCUCGGCGCUCGCGACGCAGGGCAACGACUUCGCCAACGUGGUCGGCUCGUGCCUCGACGUCGCCGGCUGCAUCGGCGUGACCGUCUGGGGCGUGACCGACAAGUACUCGUGGAUCCCGCAGACCUUCCCGGGCGCCGGCGACGCCCUGCUCUACGACGACAACUACAACAAGAAGCCCGCCUGGACCUCGGUCUCGUCCGUCCUCGCCGCCAAGGCCACCAGCCCGCCCGCCUCGUCGUCCACCACCCUCACCACCGUCAUCACCACGGCCCCAACCUCCACCCCGACGAGCACCACCGCGCCCACCACCACGUCGUCCUCGAACGGCGCCCAGCAGACCCACUGGGGCCAGUGCGGUGGCAUUGGCUGGACCGGCGCUACGCAGUGCCAGAGCCCGUACACCUGCCAGAAGCUGAACGACUGGUACUAUCAGUGCCUGUAAGAGAUCACCGCCGCACGCAGGCAGUUGGUGAGGAAGGCCGGGAGUAGGGGUACAGCGUGGUGGGCCUUGCAGGUCUAUCAGCGGGUGAGACAGUCGGAGCGUUCAUGAUUCAUUUGUAUCUAUUGGUAUUCUCCGGGUUGCAAAUAGAUCCCACGUACAUACCUUGCGUUUUCGCUGUCUCAUCAGUGCUGCCUCAAGUUCUCAUGAGAAUGUGCUGCAGAUGGAACCCUCCCGUGGACCAGCACUUCAUCAUCCAUCUGU